CUCCAUUAGCAAUGCUCCGUUCAAUUGCCAUCUUGGCUUCGCUCCUCUUGGCGAUCAGUGCUGAGCCCACAAUCCUCCAGUCGCCACGUGUCACCAAUUGGGGGGAAUGGACUGGAAAGAGAUGUCCUUCUGGCCAAUUUGUUCGUGGACUCAGGGUCAAGUACGACAAUGCCCAAUAUUUCAGCGAUCAGACCGGUAUCAAUGCAAUUGAGCUUGUUUGCCAUAAUCGCUCUGAUCAGGUUGACACAUACCUCAAGAGUGGUGAAGGCCCACAUGGAGACUGGCUAGAACUCCAGUACUGCCCUGAAGGAGAAUAUGGUGUUGGUUUUGCGAUUCGAUCAGCAGGGCCUCUACGCGGUAGAUUUGAUGAUUACGGUGUAGUAAAUUUUCAACUAUAUUGUGGUCAACCGAACGGAAAAAGAAACUCGUGGCACCGACUUACAGGAGUUACAUUCCUAAAUUAUCAAAAAGGGGAGUGGAGCAGCAAUCAGUACUGUCAAUCUGGAAAAGUUGUGUGUGGAAUCAAUACGCAAAUCGAAACGGAUCAGGGUUGGUUCGGUGAUGACACGGGUCUCAACAACGCGGAUUUGUGGUGCUGUGACUUCUAACUUGCAUUUAUUGUGUGUGUGUGUGUGUGUGUGUAAUAAAAUUGUGUUUUU